ACGAAUGGUUAUUUUUAGCAUCAAGGAAAGAAGUUGUUUUGAGAAGAAGAAAAAGAGGAAUUUUUGUUCAUAAAGUUUGAUCGCAUUUCUGACUCUACAGUGAGAUUUGACAGUCUUGUGAUUACCUACCAGCACCGUAGACCACAACUGUCAUUCUGUGGAUAUUUGUUAUAAAAGCCGAUCGAAAUAGCACAAAAACAUUUGACAGCUGAUUUGCCAUCAUUUGGGUUCAUUUAUUCAUUGACUGUGAAUGUGAUGGCGAUUCUUUACUUACAAAAGGAAAUGGUGUUUGUUCAGUGUGUACCUCCCCACCAGGAUCAAGAUUACAGUAGACACAAACUCAUAUCCCCUACAUCGAACAUAUUUGUUUUGAACAGUAUAGCUUGCCCACCGUGUUCUUGUUGCAAUUGCUAUUAAAUGUUUUAUAGGCCUAUUCAAUUGAACCCCCCCAAAUCAUUAAAUUAAACAAAAAAGUGUUAACUUUUAUCAAUAAUAUAUCAUCUACAAUCUAUAUGUGACUUGCUGACAACGGUAAUAAAGAGACAACAUCCACAUCAACAUGAAGUUGCUGGAAAAUUCAAAGUUUGAAGCAGUGAAUUCAGCUUUGUCUUUUGACCUUGAAAAUUGCAGAAUUGAUGGGAGAAUUGAAAGUUACUCUUGUAAAAUGGCAGGGAAUGACAAACGCCUUUUCAAGAGCUUAAAUAUCGAAGCCAACGAGGGUGGUCACGCAACUGCUGGUCUGCAGGCCCUGUCCCCUCCCCAGAGUGCUUUAUCACACAGCCCGGUCAGACAGUACAGCCACAGUUAUGAAGUUGAAGGUUAUCUGUGUGAUACCAUUUCCACAAAGACUCUGUUUUAUCUCAUCUCCACCCUCAAUGCAUCAUUCAACCCGGACUAUGAUUUUAGCAAUGCCAAGAGUGAGGAGUUCAGCCGUGAACCAAGUGCUCAGUGGGUUGCCAAUGCGAUUGAUACUCAGCUAUUUGCAACAGUGGGUGAUUCCUAUGGAUCUCUAAAACCUCUCCUGUGGACAGCCAUUGAUGAAGAAAUCAAUCUUCAAGACUGUGAUGUGUAUAGCUACAAUCCUGACCUUGCCUCAGACCCUUACGGUGAAGAAGGAUGUAUCUGGUCAUUCAACUACUUCAUCUACAACAGAAAGAUGAAACGCAUUGUUUUCUUCACAUGCAGAUCAACUAGCUCGUCGGUUCCGUCUGGUAAUUCGGAUGAUGGUGCUGAUGUCAGUAUGGACAUGAUGGAUGAUGACGACAUUUGAAUGAUUUUGAGAUUUAUCACGGAAUCACUCUCCGAACAAAAUGUUGACACUGCACCCAGAAUCACUUUGCAGGCCAGACAUUGGAAGUGACAUGAAGAUACUUAAUACAUUUUGGACAUAAAGCAUUUUUGUUUGUUAUUUGUAUGGUCUCAGGGUUAAUUUUUUUAUUCCUGAAAUAGUAUAAUAUUAAAUAUUGUUCAAUCUAACGUGUAUUUCAAAGUAAAUUUGCAAAAAAUUCAAAUGUUGACAACCACGUCAUUUGUUUUGUUGUAUUUGUUUUUGCAAGAUAAUUGUUAAUUUGGCAAACCAUUAGCAAAAUUCAUCAAAUUGUUAUUUUCCUGUAAUAAAAAAUUAGAUUAUAUGUUUCCCUCUCAUAUUUAAGUAUAUAUAGGACUGCAUUAUCUGACAAAAGACAUCAAUGAAAAGUAUUUCUUUCGUUUAUCAGUAGGUAUAUAGGGCAGAGCUAUGUUACAAAAGAAAGGUAUGAAAUAAAUUUGUAUCUUUCAUAUGGUAGAUGUCAUUGUGUUUAACAUUGGGAGUAUUACUUCAUUGGUAAUAUGUGUUAUCAUAUUAAUGUGAGUUGGUGAUCAUAGACAACAGCAACUGCCCCCUCCUCCCCACCCCCACCCCCACCGAGGGUACGGCCCUGCAAUCCAAGAGGGAAACACAUUUAUUCCUACAUUAAAAAAUUUGAUACUGUUCAUAUCUGGUACAAAUACACAAUGGUAAUUGUGAGAAAAAAUCUAUUACAGUAAUAUGUUUAGUGACGUCAUAUUAAUGUGAGUUGGUGAUGUCAUUAGGCAACAGGUUUAGAUCGAUAUUUAGCCAAUUUCGACAAAUCCACAAGCCUUUGGUCCCGGCUAGAUAAUUUCUGGUCUGGGCUAGUUGAAAUUAUCACCUAUAUUACUAUAAUACUUGUACAUAGGGCACUAGCCAAACCUGUGAGGAAUAGUGACUUUCUCAAACAGUUGUUGAAUACUGCAGUUUGCUAUUUUACGGUAGUGUGGAUUAAUUCGCACUUUAUGUUAGUUCAGAAAUAACAUGUCCUACACAUAUGUUGCAAGAAUAAUCAAAACAUUUCAAUAGUUUUUUGUUGUUUUUUUCCUUCCUUUGAUGUCUUUUUUGAGUUUUACAAUUCAUGUAGUUUGUAUAUUUUAUUAUGUGUUAUAUUUUUACAAAAAGUCCUGUCCAGUUAAUAGUGUUAGUAAUUAAUCUUUUGGAAAAUAUAAAAUGUGGCACAAAAAAUAUUGUAACAUUUAAAAAAUUUAGCAGGAAUUUCAGAACUCUAGAUUGUUCACAAUAUUGGAAAAUGGCAAUUUUGAAAUGUAAAUGAUUUUAAUUCUAUUUUGACCAGAAAACCUUGGUCACUGUAGCAUUUAUUUUUAGAACUUUUUGUUCCAAAUUUUAAUUAUGACAGGUAUUUGUUGUAAGUGAGGUAAUAGAUUAAACAGUGUUCUUUUGUAUAUAAUUUGUAGUGUAUAAAAUGGUAUUAUGCAUCAUGUACAUAUACUGUAAUUUUCUUUUGUAUGAUACCAAACAGCGAUGUUUGUUUCUUUGUUUGUGCUGGAGUAUCAUUUAACGUUUUGUUUAGUGGGGUGGGGUUUUUUUGGUGGAUUUUUUUAUUAAACAGCAUUUGAAUGAAUUAGUUACGUGUUACUAAAUAUACACAGUACUAUAAAUAUACCAUCAAAACAUUGUCACAUUUUAUUCCUAUUAUAUACAGUUAAACCCCUCGUAAACUGGACAAGUAAAAAGUCUGGUUUUAAGAGGCAUCUAGUUUACAGCGGUUCCAUUAUUUAUUGAUAUUUUAAAAAAAGGAACCGAAAAGUGCCCAGCUUAAAAGGAAGUCUGGUUUACAGAGGGUCCGGUUUAGAGGGGUUUCAUUGUAUAAACCGUAUGAUGCUGGGUAGUUACAGUGAGAAAUAAUCCUGGCUCUGCUUUCAAAAAUUUGUAGUGAUUAAUGAAUGAACAAACUUGAGGUUGAAGAAGCGCAAAAGUAGCAAUUAAUUUUAAUGAGUUGUUUGAUUUAUUGGUCUUAAAUUUUGUAAUAUUAAAACUAACUGAUAAUACCUUUCACGGGCAUAAGAAGGUGUCAAAAAGUGUGUGUGUGUGUAUAUUAAAAAAAACAUCGCUGCUGCUACGCCAGUGCCUUUUCAAACAGGGACAGCAUAUUGUGAUGCAGUACCAAACGUUAUUACCCAUAUGGUUACAAAUAUCUUGGUACAUAUCAGGGUGUAACGUCCCACUAGAAUGCCAAAUGGGACGUAACACUUCGAUGUCAUACAUUGACGUCAUUGAUAGGCGCACCACAACCUAACAGGAAUGUAAACCAAACGUUAUUACCCAUAUGGUUACAAAUAUCUUGGUACAUAUCAGGGUGUAACAUCCCACUAGAAUGCCAAAUGGGACGUAACACUUCGAUGUCAUACAUUGACGUCAUUGAUUGGCGCACCACAACCUAACAGGAAUGUAAACCAAAUGAGUUGAGUGAUAUAAAUUAAGAUUGAUUAUGAAUCAUAAAUAGGAUAUUAAACUCGCUAUCAUUUCAUAUCAUGUCUAUGUCCCUUGUAAAAUAAUUUCAUUGUCACUCGCUAAAGCUAAAAUUAUUUCACUCUGAACAUAAACCUGAUUCGAAACGGAAGCUUGUUUAAUAUCUUAUAAUAAUGUUCCAUGUCAAACACUGGAAGGGAUUAUAAAUGUAUAUAUAUAUAUAUAUAUAUAUAUAAACCCCAUAGUAAAUAAACAUUUCUAUUAAAAUGUCUUAUGGUCUUACCAUACAUGUAUGUUGAUUAGUUUUCAGUAGGUUGCCGUUGGUUACUUCUGGGGAUUGUUUUGAAAGAUUGUGAGAAUAAUUUUGCCUUAUUUAAAUAUGCUUCUCUGGACUUGCCAAGAAAAGAAAAAAACAUUCCUUAUUCAUCUUUUGUAACUGUUGAAUCCAGAUUUUUACUGAAUAUGUGUGUAUUUCUUUUCUACAUGUACUUUUGUUUGCGACUGAUUUUAGUUUACGACUUUGCAUGCAUAUGGACAGCUGGUUUGUUCAUUCACUGUUAAGUUGUAGAAUUAGAGAUAGACUGAUAUUUUUUCUCAUUCAUAACAAAAGCUGGUGCACUUGUUACAGUUAAACAAUUUAAGUUUAUGGAACUACAGCACAUAUUUCCUAACUAUUGUUCACUUCCUCUGUCUGUGACUUAUAACACUUUUCUUUUGAUUGAGAUAUUUCCAUUGACAUACACUGAUACACGCAUUACAGUGAGUCCGAAAUGUGGUGAAACAGCCACAUUCUCUGAGUCUUGUUCUGGGAUGCCCUCCCACCGACAGUUGUAUGUACACACAUACAACACACACACACACGUACCACAACAUACAUACACACUCGCACAUAAAUAUAAGGACAUACUAAUUUGGUGAAACAUGCAACAACAUACUUUCAGUAAACUACAUGUGUAAGCACUAAAUUUUCAAACAACAUACAUUUUCUUGUUUUUAGAUUUAAUUUACAUUUGAUUAACAUUUCUUUGUUAAUAGUUCCUAAAUGUUAUAUUAUGGAAACAAUUUUGAAAUUCACAUGUACUUUUUACUGCACUGAAUUAUAAUUUGCAUGCAAAUAUACAUGUAGCUAUAAUAUUUGUUCAUUGAUAAUACAUGGUUUUUGUUUAGUAUCUUUUGUACAUUUACAGUAAUUAGUGCAUGAUGAUUUCUGGCCGAAUAGUAUUUGUUGUAAUAUUUGCUUUUUAAUGAUGAGUUAAUAUUUGUCAAAUCCUUCAGUCUGAUUUGUAGACUGCUUGUGUAGAUUUACCCACUGUAUUGAUAGUAUUUGGGUUGUAAUUUAUUGUAAUAUUUGCUUUUCAAUGAUGAGUUAAGAUUUGUUAAGAUCCUUCAGUCUCCUUAUGUAGAUUCAGCCACUGUUUUGAUCGUCGUUAGGUCAUGCUUCUUUAAAGAAGGAAGAUGGUUAGAAUGUUUACCAUGAAACUGGGAGCUUUUGUUCUGUCGGCCAUGUUUUUUUUUUGUUAUGUUAUGUAGUGGAUAUACAUGUAGGCCUACGGUCAAACCUGUAUAAACAGCCACCUUAUUAACUGAAAUCACCUAAUACUUGUACAACUUUGGUGAAAACAUUUUUUUUUUUUUUUUUUAAUUUCUGUCUUAGUCCCAUCAAAAAAAAACUUCCUACCUUGUUCUUUGAUGAAAGACUAAAUAGUAAAUUGUUACUUUUCAAGAAUUUACUGGAUUUUUUUAUAUUUAUUUUUUACAGGGUGUGUGAGUGGGUGGCUUGUUUGAUGUUAUUUCCAUCCCCAAUUAAGAACAGCAUUACUUGUAUAAGUCAGCCACAUUACUAUACUCUUUCAAAUGCUAGUAGUUGCUAAAGUCAGUUUUGACUGUAUUAUAAAAUAAGUUGCCAAUGUUUGUGUCAUUGUGAUGCUGUUUAUGUUGUAACUUUCCCAUCAUAUGGCAGCUGUAUCGUUUUGGUCAGGGUAGCCUACUUGUGUUUACUCGUUCAAACAAGCAUUCUGAGAGUACUGCUGAAGCUGGCCUGGGAACUGUAUUAAUGUGCCCACAUCCACUUACAGUUCAGGCAUGCCCAUCCCGGACUUAAUCUCUGACAUUGCCAGUGACUAAUUCCAGGACAGGAGUGGGAGGGGUAAAGUUUGAGGUGAGAGGAAAUUUGAAAAUUUUAAUAAAGGCGAGAAUAACCAUGUCUGGUCAAACUGAAAAGCCAAACAAAAAAUUUGAGUGCUCAUCUAAAGUUUGAAGAUGAUUUCAGCAAUUUAGACGGACUGUCAAAAAUAAAGGGUAUCAAACUAUUUACAACAAAAAAAAUAAACAAAGUUUUGGAAAUGGCGGGCCAAAAACUGCUGAAGCAAUACAUAUCUCUUACUGUUAAGUUCAAGGGCCAUAACUCUGUCAAAAAUGGGCAAAUCCCCAUGAAAGUCAAACCUAUACACAAAAGCAUUGUGGGAAAAAGUCCAGAAAUCUGUAUGUGGGACAGGACAGAGACGAAAUGUACAGUAUUAUCCGGUUGGGACCAAUAGGAAACUAAAAAUAAUUGUAUACUUCAAAACAUAAAAGUGUUUUUUUUUUGAAAAUCUUUAUGACUUUGUCUAGGUGCUUAAAAAUAAGAGUUGAAAACACCAAAAAUACCAGUCAUCUGUCUUUAACUAUAUGUUGGUCAUUUAUGUAACGCAUGAUUAAAAUCUAAAAUCUACUAUCAUACUAAAAAUGUUUGCAGUAUUAUUUAAUAAUAUAUGACGUUUGUUUUAUUAAAUAUUUAAUCAAUUUAAUUUAUGUAUGAAACAGCCAUGUGUUAAAGAUGUGAUCAUAUAAUAUACUAUUGGUUGUUUUUGAAGAUUAAUUUAGUCUACUUGAUUAAUUCAGAUAUAUAUUCUUGAAAAACAUUUCUAUUCAUGAGGUGUUGUUUUCAUAUCUUGAUACAUGUUGGAAUACUUCCAAGUUUCAAAAUGUAUGUACUGUAACUUCACAUAGCAUUUUACCAAUAACUAAGCUUUGUUGUGUGUGUGUUUGUGUAUAAAUAUAAAUAUUGACAAAAAUGUAUAAUUAACAGAAGUGUAGGUAAAACAAAACUGAGUUGGGAAAUAUUAUUUUGAUUCAUAUUAUGUUAACUUGAAGACUACACGUAUGGUCAUGUUGAAGAUAUAUGGCAUUCUUUUACUCUUUAUAAGACAUUCAUUUAUCUCAUUAAUUACAAGCUAUUUAUUAGUUUUCCAUACAGGUUUUAUUCUCGUUUUUUGUUUGUUUCUUUGUUCAUUCGUUUGGGUGUUUUUCAUCAUUAUACAUGUAUUUGUUUUUUUGGGUGUUCAAGAACAAACGUCUUGUGUAAAUAUUGUUCGGUGCUGACUAUAUUAACAGAUUACAGCCCUCAGUGGCGGAUCUAAGUUUUGUGAGAGUUAUAUUUUUAAUGUAUUUUUUCAUUUUGUUACUCUGUCACUGGAUCUGUCACUGGCCCCACCAAGUUGAGAUAACUCAUGGUUUAGCUAAGCUAGUUUACAGUGAUCUGUUCGUAGUUACACCGUAACUGGAGUGUUAAACUUUCAUUUUUGAAAAAAAAACGUAUAACGAACAGGAGCAUGAAAGUAAGUGUGAACUCCAUAGAAUGUGGAGAAGAGAAAAAUCGUGCUCCUGAAAAUUAUAAGACUUACAGGGAAAGUGUGAUUUGUUCCAAUGGGUGUAGUAUAUAUACCUGUACAUUUAGCACCGCUCAGACUGUACCUGGGUGUGUGCAGAUGUGCUGCACUUGUGUGUUGACGCCUAGUCAAAGCAGACGUCUGAUGUGAAACGUUUUGAGUGACGUGGCAGUUAUUCAAGGGAUUGCACAGCAGUUGAGUAGUGCUAUGAUGUCAUGAACUGUAAUCGGAAGCCUUAUUGAAUGGAUGGACGGACGUUUAAUAAUUGAUUCUCUAAGCUUCACUGAACUAUGGGAUGAAACGGCAGCAUCUUGUAUGAUCGACCAUUAGUCAAUAUUAUUUGAGAGGUUUUGGAGAGCUGUCGUGUUUGUGGCUAUCUAGAAUUCAGCUGUUGUGACAGUUAUUUGUAUGGUACAUUUCAUUCAAGCUGGACUUCGGGAGAAUGAUCAGGUAGUUUUUCUUUUUUCAGUACCUGUUUAGCAAAGUUUAUACAUAGUCUAAAGCUACAGAAAAUGGUUUAGAGUGUGUAAUACCCAUAUGUAAGAAGUAUGGGAUUUGUAAUGUCCAUUUUCAGACACUUGAACUUUACAUAGUCUAAAGCUAUAGAGAGAAAGGUUUAGAGAGUGUAGUGUCCAUAUUCAAGAAGUAUGGGAUUUGUAAUGUCCAUUUCCAGACACUUACACGUUACAUAGUCUAAAGCUCUAGAGAGACAGGUUUAGAGAGUGUAAUGCCCAUAUUCAAGAAGUAUGGGAUUUGUAAUGUCCAUUUCUAAACACUUGAACGUUGCAUAGUCUAAAGGUUUAGAUAGUGUAAUGCCCAUAUUCAAGAAGUAUGGGAUUUGUAAUGUCCAUUUCCAAACACUUAAACGUUACAUAGUCUAAAGCUCUAGAGAGAAAGGUUUAGAGUGUGUAAUGCCCAUGUUCAAGAAGUAUUGGAUUUGUAAUGCCCAUUUCCAGACACUUGAACAUGUAUAGAAAUGUGUUAUUAAAAAGGUGUUUGAAUUCUGGUUUAGUGUUGAUACAAAGUGCUCCUACUGGCAGUAGCUAGUGGGAAUUUCCUUGUUAGUUCUGUUGGUAGAGCACUGGACUCUCGUACUGAGAGUCUGUGGUUCGAAUCUCCUCAGUGGAGGUUGAUUUUUCUGUUACACUCAUAUUUAGUGACGACUUGGAACUGCAUGCAGUUCGUAUUAUGGCAUCAUUGUAGGGUACCUUUGAACAGGGGUUAAUAUAUAUAUAUAUAUAUAUAUACAUACAUACAUACAUACAUACAUAUAUGUAUAUACAUGUAUGUAUGUAUGUAUAUAGGCACAAAAAAUUAAUGUAGCAUAUACGUGUACAUGUAGUGUUAGUAAUGAUUAAGUGGGGAUUUCUUAGUGAAGAUUCUCGUUCACCUUUGCCUAGUGCAGGGAGUACGAGGACGACUUGAAUAUAUUGAAUGGCUGUUCUAGGUGUUUUAACGUGCUGAAUUUUCCUGAUUUUAGUUUGUUCUGUAUCCAUAUUCUUACUUUUCAUACUAACAUUGUACUGGCCACUGGCAGGUUUUUAUCUGUAUAUUUAGUUUUAUUCCAUCCUGCAUUACAUCACACAUGUAUCCGUUUAUUCAUGUCCAUUAUAUUUUAUACUUUGGUAGUCAUUCUGUAAAUAUUUAUUAUAACACUAAAAAAAUUAAACGUGUGAUAUUCAAA